AUGAAUGCACUGGUUCGUUCUGCAUACCCGGAAUCUUCCUUCUUUCGGAAACUCUUUUGGCUUCUGGUAUAUCUCAUCGCAACUGGCUACAUGCUCUACGGAAUCAUCGAUAUCAUCAAUGCAUAUUUGUCUGGCCCAAUAACUACGAAUACCCAGAACGAAUGCAUUCAUAGAUCGGUGUUCAGCCAGUUAUGGAAGCCACAUGACAGAGACCAACCAACAAUGACAACUUCAUCGCAUCUCUUCAACGAUAUGAACCAGACACCGGAACAGGACGGAGAGGAGAUAUGCCUUGCACCCUUCGCUGAUUUGGACAUUGAUUUGUUGCGGAAUGGUAUGAUCACUUUCGAGGAGUUGCUCCAAAGUACUCCAAACAAGGACCUUCUUGUUGGCUACGUGAAAUCGGAAUACGCGAAGGACGUGAAUCCUUCGAGUAUUGAGAAUUCCAUACUCCAUUGCAGCUUCAAUGAGGAGCCUUGCCGUAAUACAACGGUGGGAAUUUUCUUCGCAGUUGAUUUGUUGCGGAAUGGUAUGAUCACUUUCGAGGAGUUGGUCCAAAGUACUCCAAACAAGGACCUUCUUGUUGGCUACGUGAAAUCGGAAUACGGGAAGGACGUGAAUCCUUCGAGUAUUGAGAAAUCCAUACUCCAUUGCAGCUUCAAUGAGGAGCCUUGCCGUGAUACGUAA